AUGGAGAAAUAUUUCAAAAAGAAAUUUACAUCAGAGUCUCAAGAAUUUAUUGAAGAAAAUGUCAUUGAACAGUUUCUUGGUCUUGUUCAUGCUUCAAACCCAAAUGCUAUGUCAUUAAAAUUAGCAUUAGAGUCAUUGUUUGCAAAAUAUAAUUUAAAUUUGUCAAGAGUGUUGGGACAAGGAUACAAUGGAGCUAUUGGAGCUUCAUAUAAAAGACGAGAGAUUCUUAGAGAAAACCAAGUUCCUAAAGUUCAUGAAGCAUUAAAGUGUGGUGACAUUGCUAGCUGUCUUGACUUAAAUCAAGAAACUACAUUGAAACGAGAUGAAGAUACAAGACGAGACUCGCAUUAUGGUACAUUGCUCAGUUUGACCUCUUUAUAUUCUUCAGUGAUUGAUGUCCUUGAAUUUAUUGAGGAAAAUGGGUUAUUAGAUCAACAAAUUGAAGUAUCAUUAUUAUGUGAAAAGCAAUAUACUACCAUUCCAAAUAUGGAUGAUGCAUUCUUUACCGGAGAAAGAUCAAAGCAUAAAGCUAAAAAAAAUUCAAAAUUUACAUCGUUAUCAGGUCGAUUGCUUCUUUGUGUAGCAAGCUUAAAUCCAAGAGAUUCAUUUUUUGCAUUUGAUUAGGAGAAGUUAAUUCUUUUGACUAAGCUUUAUCCAUACAAAAUUUCUUCUAUGGAGCUAAUAGGGCUUGAAAGUCAAUUGAAACUUUUUAUCAUAGAUGUUCGAUUUGAUGAUCAGUUUUCAAAAUUAUAUGAGAUCAAUAAUCUUUUUGGAAUGUUGGUAAAUAAAAAGCAUAUUAUGUAUCCAAUGAUAUAUUUACUCAUAAAAUUAACUUUGAUUUUAUCUGUGGCAAGUGGUUGA